GUUGAAGCAAUUUGAUUAAUUAAUUAAAAAUUAUGCCAGUGGAAAAAGUAUACUCUACUAAAAAUAUUGGAGGAAUUCCAAUAGUUUAAUCCUAUUUAAUGACAAUAUUUGAUGGAACAGGAUCUAUGAGUUGUGAAUAUGAUACUGCUGUUAAUGCUUAUAAUGAAGUCUUUAAAAAUAAUAACAGAAGAGAAGAGUUUUAAAUGGCUUAUGAUGAUGUAUAUAGCUUGAUACCCUUCAAAAGAGCAGGUCAUGGUAAUAUUACAAAAACAUUUCAUCAUGUUCUCAAUAAAUUGCUCAGUAAUAAAAAUUAAUAUGGAAAAAACAUUACUAUAAUGUUUAUUAGUGAUGGAGAAGAAAUAUUUGAGAUUGGUGGAGUUAGGGAAUUAGUUGAAAAAGUUAAGUAAGAAUUUAGGAUUCAAUUCAUAUGCGUUAAAGUAGGAAAUGAAUUUCCCACAACAAUUAGUAGUUAAUUAUGGAGUAAAUUACAUAACAUUGAUGAAGCAAAAAAAUCACUUCCUUUUGAAAUCCCAAGACCCUCUGACUGCGAUAAAUUAAAAUAAUUAUUUCUAGAAGGAUUUUAAAAGAUUAGAGACAACAACCUCAAAUUCCCUAUUGAUAAUUUAAAGACUGAUACACCUGUCUAUUCAACUGCCACUUCUGAGCCACUUUUUGAGAUUGAAAUAGAAACAACAUUUAUGUGUUAUGCAGAUUGCGUUAAAGUGAAUGGUGAGGUGCUCUAUCCAACUAAUAAUCCAGAGGACAAAUAACACUUCUUGCUAAAAUCAGUUCAUAAGGUAUUUCUAAACGGAGGAGAAUAAGAGGAUUUUAAAAAGGCAUAGUAAAUAGCUUGUAAUAUUUUUGAAAAGCAUUCUAAAGAAUAUCUAUAAAAAUUAUAAAAUUUAAGAUGUAUUUAAGAUAAUGAAAGAAGGAGCGGCAGGAAAUUUAGAUUUUAGGAAAUUAGAUGAUAAAGUGAAAUCAAUAUUUAUACAUGAUAUUCAGGAUAUUAAAGUUAAAUCGGAAAAUAUAUUUUAAGAUAUUAAAGAUAUGGAAAGAAAAAGAAUUUAAUCUGAUUUCUUGAAAAAGUUAAAUGAAAAAAUGAG